ACUCCAUACUGUCAGGCAGUGUAACACAGAGAUGAGGUUCAUUUGCACAGGAUUGCAAAAGGCAGAGGAUGCACUUUGGCUGAUCCAGACCCUUCAUCGCUUUCAAGGGAUAACACUGUCAUUAUGCAACAAGAUAUGGUCAUCACCGUUACUGUCCUUAUCUUCCUGUCGUUGCUGAGACCUGGCCAUUCUCAACAUUUAACGGAGGAGCCCUGCUCAGUUCAGAUCCUAGUUCCUGGACUUAAAGGUGAUGCUGGUGAAAAAGGGGAGAAAGGCACACCUGGGCGACCUGGCAGAGCAGGACCUCCUGGUGAAAUUGGGAAUAUGGGAACAAAGGGGCAGAAAGGUAUAAUGGGACGCCAUGGCAAAAUUGGCCCAGUUGGACUGAAAGGUGAAAAGGGGGAUCAAGGUGACCCAGGACCUCGAGGACCUGAUGGCGAGCCAGGUAUACCAUGUGAAUGUGGUUCUCUGAGGGAGAUGAUUGGAGAAAUGGACAUCCUAGUUGCACAUUUAACAAGUGAAUUAAAAUUCAUAAAAAAUGCACUGCCCUCCCCCGCAGUUGUCGCUGGUGUGAGAGAAACGGACAGUAAAAUCUACAUGCUGGUCAAAGAAGAGAAACGUUACAUUGAUGCUGAGGCCUACUGUCAAGGGAGAGGAGGACACCUGUCCAUGCCCAAGGAUGAAGCUUCCAACGGGAUUAUUGCGUCUUACAUCAGCCAAGCAGGUCUCACCAGAGUGUUCAUUGGCAUCAAUGAUAUGGACAGAGAGGGCCAUUUUGCUUAUGUGGAUAAAUCGCCCAUGACGACCUUCAACAAAUGGCGUAGCAGUGAGCCUAACAAUUCCUACGAUGAAGAGGAUUGUGCAGAAAUGGUAGAUUCCGGUGGCUGGAAUGAUGUAUCUUGUGAUAUUACAAUGUAUUUUGUGUGUGAGUUUGACAAAGACACAGUGUAACUGGUGAUGUAUAGUCAGCCUUUCUGGUGGUUAGUGCAUAUCCCAGUUUGUGUGUCAUUUUGUAAUAUGGGACACAGUAUAAAAGGUUACUGGAUACACAGAUUAUCAUGUGGAAAUUUUACAUAUAAAAAUUGUAAAACUUUCCUUUUAGUAUCAAACUAUGUAACCUAAUAUAUUGUGCUGGUACUGCAAAAAAUCAACUCGAGACAUCCUACCACCAUAGCAAUGUAUAAAAUGUGUUUCAUUUGUAGAUUCUCUUAAAUGUAUGUACAUAUCCGUAUUUUAACAUCAAUGUGUUACUACAGUUUAAACUAAAAGUCAGCACUUAAGGGGUUAUAAAUGCUGUGAUUAUGUUGUAACAUUUUAUAUAUUGGUUGUAAUAUACUUUAGCAAAGGUGACAGGUUAAUGCAUUGCAGUUAUUCAAGUAUACAUUAGCUGCAUAGAUUGUAAGCUCUAAACCUGCAGAUGCAAUGAACCAACCCCUUGGGAUUAUUUUGAAAUUUGGCUCCUACAGAAAACAUUUCUUGUCUUCAUCUAAAACAAUCUAACUGGUUAGAAAAGCAAAAUUACUGGUCUAUGUUUUUUAUUUUAUUUUUUGUCCUUUUGUGUCUCACCUUACUCAAGACAAGAACUGCAACAAUAGCAGGAUCCACCACAAAUAAGAUGGCUAACUUCUUAGUGGGUGUUCAUGUGCCGUUUUAUAUAUGGGUGCUGUGAGGUCAGGGUAAUGUCAAAAGAAUUCUCCUUCUUAUUGAUACCACUUGGAAGGGCAUCUAUGUGAAAUUUUCCAAAAAGUAGCUCAUAUCUCCAACAGAAUAUGAAAGCAUCAUAAACUGCCUGUACAAAACAUUUCCUCCAUGUCUCUGAUAUAUUGUGAAAGCAGCAAAUUUGCUUUUAUUUCUUUAUAACUUGUUUAAAAUUAUAUUUUCUUAUAUUUCUACCCUUUAAAAUGCACAUUUGUCAUAUUUACUUUUAAUAAUAACUUUAUCAAUUGAACUGUGAUGGAAGAUAAAUGAAGUUUUAUUUGUGAUUUUAAACCAUUUUUUAUUUUGAACACUUGAAGAUUUUGACAGAGUACAGUGACCAAGUUUUUCAAAACACAACCGAUUAUGCAUUAAAUUACGCAAAUAUAUGUUAAUAUCAAGCAAACAACAUACCAGGUAUCAUUGGAAAGCCCAGUUUUUAAGCGAUCUCAGAGACCGGUAAUGGAACCCAAGAUUCCUUUACAUUGUAAAUAGACAGAGCACAUAUACAUAUCCAAUAUGGAAGAACGGCCAUUUUUUUCAAAAAGUAUUGAACCUAAGCCCAAAUGUAUAAAGGCUGUAUCAUGUUGAAAUUUCAAAGAAGUGUCAGACAAUAUUGAAAUGUGCAGUAUUAUAAUUAGACGCUACCCGUAUUCAGUUACAUGUAGCUUCAACAAUUCAUGGUGACCAAAUCUCUUGUGAUGACAACAUAACUCUGAUCGUCACAAGUCAAUUCUCUGAUGUGUUUGUCAUUUUUGUUUGUUUGCUCUUGUUAGCACAGUUUACAGGCAGCCAUUAUGGGAUGGUUGGCAGUGUCUGUGUUCUUUUCUUUAAAGUUAUUUACCCAUCAUGCUACCCUGCUAGAACCCAUGCAGAAGUCUCAAUAUGUUCAUGAUAUGAUAUUGAGUAUUUUAAAUGGAUCAGGCUUAAAUGGUCAUUACUUCUAAAUACAUUUUACUAAAAGCAAUCUACAAUAAUUGUGUGUCUAUGAUGGAACCAAAAUGUAAUGUUCUGGUAGUAGUGUGACAGCAUCAUUACAAAGGGUAUUCUGUUCUUUGUGCAUGUAUCUGUACUGCUGUGGACAGCACCCCACACUAACGUAUCACACUAUGUAAUUGAAAUUAUUCUUUUUUUUAAAUGUAGAAUAAAGAUACAUAUUUUAGAAAUGUU